UGACGCCACAGGCUUCGUCUCAGAAUAGAGCGGGCACCAACGCGCUCCGCCGACGGCACAGGACACGCGUCCUGCCAAGGGGAUUGGACGCUGCCGCAGCAGGACUCAUUGGGCAGUACCCGAGUUCACUUAGUCACUCGUCCUCUUCAAUGUCAUCGUCUCUCUCUCCCAGACGCACCCUUGCGCCUCCCUUCUCCCUCACCCGGGUGGGGUUCCCAGGCUCCUCCCCCGAGUUGACUCGGAGCCUCCGCGCUCCCCCCACCGCCCGGCCUGCGGCUGCCAUGGCAACCGUACGCCGCCGCCACCGCCUCUUCACGCACGUCGGGAACUAACGGACUCCGCGGCGGCGGCGGCGGCUUGUGCCCCACCCCCACCGGGUCCGCAUCACCAACGGCCCGCCGAACUUCGGCACGUAGGUCUCUGGAGGAAGAUGAAUUUGGCUGAGAUUUGUGACAAUGCAAAGAAAGGAAGAGAAUAUGCACUUCUUGGAAACUAUGACUCAUCAAUGGUAUAUUACCAGGGGGUGAUACAGCAGAUUCAAAGACAUUGCCAGUCAGUCAGAGACCCGGCUGUCAAAGGCAAAUGGCAACAGGUUCGGCAGGAAUUACUGGAAGAAUAUGAACAAGUUAAAAGUAUUGUCAGCACUUUGGAAAGUUUUAAAAUUGACAAGCCCCCAGAUUUCCCUGUGUCUUGUCAAGAUGAACCAUUUAGAGAUCCUGCUGUUUGGCCACCCCCUGUACCUGCAGAACACAGAGCUCCACCUCAGAUAAGGCGUCCCAAUCGAGAAGUAAGACCUCUGAGGAAAGAAAUGCCAGGAGUAGGAGCCCGGGGACCUGUAGGCCGAGCACAUCCUAUAUCCAAGAGUGAAAAACCCUCUACAAGUAGAGACAAGGAUUAUAGAGCAAGAGGAAGAGAUGAUAAGGGAAGGAAGAAUAUGCAAGACGGUGCAAGCGAUGGUGAAAUUCCUAAAUUUGAUGGUGCCGGGUAUGAUAAGGAUCUGGUGGAAGCGCUUGAGAGAGACAUUGUAUCCAGGAAUCCCAGCAUUCAUUGGGAUGACAUAGCAGAUCUGGAAGAAGCUAAGAAGUUGCUAAGGGAAGCUGUUGUUCUUCCAAUGUGGAUGCCUGACUUUUUCAAAGGGAUUAGAAGGCCAUGGAAGGGUGUACUGAUGGUUGGACCCCCAGGCACUGGUAAGACUAUGCUAGCUAAAGCUGUUGCCACUGAAUGUGGCACAACAUUCUUCAAUGUUUCCUCUUCUACACUGACAUCUAAAUAUAGAGGUGAAUCUGAGAAGUUAGUCCGUCUGUUGUUUGAAAUGGCUAGAUUUUAUGCGCCCACCACGAUCUUCAUCGAUGAGAUAGAUUCCAUCUGUAGUCGAAGAGGAACCUCUGAUGAACAUGAGGCAAGUCGCAGAGUCAAGUCUGAACUACUCAUUCAGAUGGAUGGAGUUGGAGGAGCAUUAGAGAAUGAUGAUCCUUCCAAAAUGGUUAUGGUAUUGGCUGCUACUAAUUUCCCAUGGGACAUUGAUGAAGCUUUGAGAAGGAGAUUAGAAAAAAGGAUAUAUAUACCUCUCCCAACAGCAAAAGGAAGAACUGAGCUGCUGAAGAUCAAUCUUCGUGAGGUUGAACUGGAUCCUGACAUUCAGCUGGAAGAUAUAGCAGAGAAGAUUGAGGGCUAUUCUGGUGCUGAUAUAACUAAUGUUUGCAGGGAUGCCUCUUUAAUGGCAAUGAGACGGCGAAUCAAUGGCUUAGGUCCGGAAGAGAUCCGUGCACUUUCUAAAGAGGAACUUCAGAUGCCUGUCACCAAAGGAGACUUUGAAUUGGCUCUUAAGAAAAUUGCUAAGUCUGUCUCUGCUGCAGACUUGGAGAAGUAUGAAAAAUGGAUGGUUGAAUUUGGAUCUGCUUGAAUUUCUGUCAGCUCUUCCAUUUCUGGUAUUUUUAUUUAUAAAAUGUGAAGAAAUUCCCUGCAGUUUUUUUUUUUAAAACAGGUUUAGAACUUUUCAUUGGAGAGAUGGUUCCCUUCAAGGCAAAAAACCUAAAACCACAAAGAAUAUAAAUGUAGUUGGGAAAGAAGAAGAGCUUACUUGGGAGCCUGAUAGUCUCCGUCACCUGGCUUUGUGCUGGUGACUCCACGGAGUCACGCGUUAAUAUUGCACACGCAAAGCGGUGUGUCGGGGAGGCCGGAGAGUGGUCAGUAUGCUCUCGUAGAAACUUGUUUACUAAAGGGUUAGAAGGACCUCUCUUUCUCACUUGCAUUUGUUGUUUUUUUUUUGUUUUUUUUCUGUUCUUUGCUGUGAGCAUGAGGGACCCAUGUAUGUUGACUUUUAACAUCAGACCUGGGUUUGUGUCAAAUUCAUUAUUGUUAAAAAUGAUAGUUUUGAAUUAAAUAAUGAAUUUGUUAGUUAAACCUUUAGAAUUCAACUCUUAGUGUCACAGUCUAUCAUACAGUUGAAUUUUUACCCUCUGUUCCACCACCAUUUCUUCUGUUAGCUCUCUAAUCGUUUAUUCACCUUUAUGAUCGCCUCAUGCCUUGUGGUCUUUGAAGUGUUUUGUGAGGUUGCUUCUCUGGUCUUCAGUAUUUUUUGCUGGUACUUAUAUUGGAAGGGUGGGAAGAGUAUUAUGAUUGCAUAAGAAGCACUUCUUCAUUCUUGAAUUCUGGGUUUGUUUUCACUUUUCUUUGAAUACAUUCAAAUAGAUAAGCCCUUUAUUUUCCUCAGCUCUAAUGAUGUUUGAUUUUUGCUGAACUUGACUUUCAUAUUCUAAAUUAAAUACUUCGGUAUUCUAAGGAAGUCCACUCUCUUGUGGCUAAUGCAAAACAAACAAAACAAAACCUUUAUAGUUUUCCAGACAGCUAGGUUAACAAAAUAGCAUUGUACAUAAUGAGUGAUGUUCAUUUGAAAAUUUUAAAAUUAUUCCUUCUCUAGGUUGAGAACUUGUACACUGCAGUAUAAUUAGGGAUAGAAGUCUGACAUGCACAUUGAGUUCAGCAGGAAUUAGACAAUAAAAAGAGGCCAGAAAAAGUAGAUGGUGUGUAUCUAAUCACAAGUAGAAUAUGCUGGUGUUCGUUUUGUUUAAAUUACAUUUAUCCCAGUUGGGUCGAGCAACCUUUGCUUUAAUGGUUUUGCUUUUCAAAAUUUGUAUUUGAUGCUGUCUUGAAUUCUCAGUUUUGGAGAACACCCAGUGGUUUAAAACUAAAAAUAAUAGAACUUUUUAGACACUUAACAAAAACCUCUUAGUAUCUUGCUUUACGAGAUUUUUUUUCCUAUUAAGAAUUAUAUAAUUUUCAGAUAAUUUAAGUCUGAUUCUAAACUCCAGUAUUUUAUGUAAUGCUAUAAAUUACCCCCCUUUCCUCUGAGGCAUCAUUUAUAAGAGUUAAACUUAUAAGACAUCAUGAUUUUAUUUUAAUUGAAUGAGUUCAUUUAAAAAUUGAAGUAACUUUUCUUUUAUUCAUUAACUUUUUAAAUAAAGAAAUAAAUGAUCACACUAAGAUAAUCUUGCAAACUGUUGCCACCCAGUAACCUAUUUUUUUCCCCGAAGUCUUAGGGGCAGCCGUUAAAACGUGUGUUUUGAUUGCUAAAACUUGUUAGACUGUUUUUCUAGGUUUUGUGUUGUGUUGGCAUGUAUUUCUACUUCUUUUUAAAAUUGUUCAUGGGUAAUAAUAUGGUAAUUGGGAUUUUUAAAAAUUAUCAGUCAAGUAGUAUUUGGACACUCAAGCUUCCUAGGAGCUUAUCUUGGCUAAGAUGGUGAAUUGGGUGUGCUUUUUUAAUUUUUUAUUUCCCUCAUUUCUCAUUUUGCUUUGUCAGUGGAUGGCGACUGCUUUGUAUUUCUUAACCCCCUUAAAGGAUCCUGGGGAGAUUGCUCAGGUGUUCUCUCCAGCCUUUACUGUACAUCGUAUGUACACUGUCUUUAUCGCAAGACAAUGUGUUGCCUUACCCAGAAUGAGAAAAUUGUUGUGUUUUGCAUUAUCAGAUUAGAAAGAUUUGGUUCCUUUACUUCACCUGAAAACAUGAGUAUUUUGGGCUCUGCAACACAAUGAGAUUAGGACUGAGUGUUGUACAAUUCUGUCUUGCAAAUAUCUGAUGAGACGUUUCCUUCUUUUAGCGGACUCGUGUUGGUGGUUUACCGUGUACAAGACCCUCAGGUGGGAGCUCUGUGGCUUACAGAGUUGGACCAGGCUGUGCAGUUCUGACUGGGCACUUUCUAUAAUUACACUGUGUGGCUUCUGGCUCCAACUAAUGAAAUGAGUUCAGAUCUUAAAAGGAGAGGCACAGUAAUCUGUGUGUGCUUUGGAAAGAUAAUAUAUACAGGUUUUCCUCUUUUUCUCCUUUAAAUCUCUUUAAAAAGAAGUUUGUUUGAGCAAGUAAUUGUUAUAGAUCUGGCGAUUUUCACGAACCAUUUCCCAAAGUUCAUAUUUAUUGUAAACAUGUACACAUGUAAUUAUGGUACAUCAUCAUUAUAAACGUAUGCAUGUUACAUGAUUAUGGUAAACAUUUUGCUCUUAUAAUCACUUUAUUUUUUUUAACGGAACUUAGUGUUGAUGAAAUGUCCCGGACAAAUGGCUUUUAAAUGUAGGCUGAAACCUCCUACAAAUCCAAGCAGGAAAACAGACGAUGGCAUCACAGACUUUCAUCUUCUAGUCAGUAGCAGUGUAGACAUUCUAGCAUGAUCAAAACACACUUUAGGCUCGGACUGCUAUCUCCAGAAAAAGCAAGACAGCUUGGAAGAGGAAAUGUGUUGUGGUCUAGCUGCAUAAUUAGGGGCUUCAGUUGAGCUCCUGAGAUUGCAGUUUUUAUGCUGUGAUAUUUGACUGUCAAAGUAUAGGCUGAAACCACUAAUUACUCAAAAAGUGAGCAAGCAAAUAUCUGGUGACUCUGCUAUGAAGAAUCAUACAGGUACUUCAAGAAAAAAAUGUGUGUAUACAGCCCCAAGGUACAAUAUAAUUGUCCCCCUUUCACUUGGCUAGGUGUAGCCUGACUCUGUUGAACAUGAAAUUAUUGAUAGUCUUUAGGGUUUGCACAGCUUGAGUUUGUGUGAGCUCCUGCGUUGGAAGGUUUUUGUACUAUAUGCUGUUGAAUCUAUGAUGAGAAUUGUAAAAUGGUAGCCAGUUGGCGUAGUUUUGUUUCGCUCUCCUCCACCCUAACUGGAGAUAAAGUGAAGGAUUUAGGCAGGUAUUUCAGUUGUGUGGGCUUUGGCUCCUUCAGUAUUAUCUUGAUUAUUGAGUCCUUUUUGUGUAGUAGUAGAUCCCCACUCUUUCUUUAAUCUUAGUGAGAAAUCACCUUAGCCUGUGUCCUGUGUGAUAGGCAUAGAAUGUUAAGGGUAUUUGCUGGCCUGUUCCAAGAAAGGGCCACAUUAACUUGAAUGAAGCAUUUUUUUAAACAUUUUUUUGUGUCUUUUGUUCCUUAACUGUUUCGAUUGUAUAUAUUUUUUUUACGUAUCACUUAAUCUGUGGUGCACAUAAUAUUUAUGUGAAUCUAAAAAUCUGUCACAAUAGAGAAUAGGAAUUACAGUUGGAGGGCUUGUUAGGGAAUAAAAACAUUUGAACCGCAAAUGUUAUAGUCUCAUCUCCACUAAUUAUUUUUGCAGAAAAAGCUAAAAACUCAGUUAUAAUUACUAUAUUUACUUAUUUAUACUUUCAGGUUGGGCUUUUCUUAUUUAUUUAAUUUUUAAAGGACGUUUGCUUUUAAUAUUGUUUCUUGAUGCAGAAACUGUAAAGUACUUUAAAAAUAAAACUCCUAAGAUAAUAGAUACAUUUUUAAACACUCACAAAUUAACAGUAAUUCUUGAAAUGUUUACUAGGUUUUUUGGCUCCAGACCACUCUUUAACUCAGUGGUAUUUCUAAAUUUCUAAGUGACUUGUUAAUAAAAAAAAAAGGAAAACUAAUAAGGUAAUGUCAUUUAUUCUUUUUAUUUUACCAUUCUCAUAUCUUCACGUAUGUCUAUAAAUAACCAGGAUGCUGCUUCGUCACCGGCAGUGUGUAGGAUUUAUACAUUUGGAAGUUUGGCACAACAAAUAGGGAAUUAGAGUAGAGGUUUUCUUCCUGUAAAAGGGCUCCCACUUGAUUUUGUGAUCAUAAAAGAUGCUUUCGUUUUACAACCUCUGAAAUGACUAAAUAUUGCCCUUUGGAAAACCUGAAUCUUUGCACUUGUUUUUUCCAGAGUCUACCUCAGUUAACCAGGCAUAGUUUUAGGAAGAACUGAACUGAAACCACAUUUAAAUUCUGUUCAUCAUCUAUGCUGAUUUGUUUAAGUACUUCCUUCUCUCUCCUCUUGCCCUCCCCCCCACUACCUUUUUUUUUUUUUAAUCUUGAAAUUUUUAUUUAAAAUAUUUGCCUUUGCAAAACCAUCUGUUCCAAAUUAAGCUUCUAUGAAAUGCCUGGACGAUUCUUUCUCUUUUUGGUGUGGCUUCAUUAUUUGAAUGUGUUUCGUUUCAAGGAGCAGUUUCAAACACUUCUUUUCUCAUAGCUUCAUAAAUGCAAACUAAUAUGAUAACAGUAAAAAUCUUGGAAUCUAACUGUUCCUGUGUCCAUUCUCUAAGAACCCACGUAUUGUAUGAAAACACACAGAAAUGAGCACAUGUCUAUUCAUGUGUUGGUACGGCAACAGGGAAUCGCCUUCAGUUACCAUUUGUCCGGUUUCCAACGGAUCAUUACAUGUUAAGAUGGUUUGUGUAUGGUUAAAAUUUUUGUUUCAGUGUUUGUCUCUCAAUAUUUUGAACCUAAUUCAAAGAAAAAGACAUUUCUAAAUUGUAUUUCUUAAACAUACUUUUCCUUAUAUUUUGUGCUGCUACUUUGCUAGUCUCAUGAGCUCAGAUGUCUUUGUGCAUAGGUUAUGAUUUGGUAAUAAAUAUCUAGAGUAUUGCUUGUUGGUGUUUUCUUUGUGGUUCCUAUUUAAUCUACUGUCACUGGUCCACUUACUGCCACCAGCGAGAGUAACAAACCCCUCACUAGUAGGGAAUGACUUUUCAGAGUUUCUGUUCUUAAAAAAUCACAUAUUGUAAACCUGAGCUCUUGUGUUUGCUGUGCAUUAUACUGAUAAUUUCAAGUUUGAUGCAGGUAAGAUAAGAGUGGCUUUUUAAUUAAUUCUAACGGGUUUAAUAAAUAUACUUGCCUUACUCGUGUAACGCCAUUGCAAGAUGAAUGUUCCAUAUGGUGAAUUUUCCAGAUGACAGUAUCUUAUUUUACCAAUCCCCCAAAACUAUUUUUUUAAUUCAUAGACUUUAUUUUUUUGAACAGUUUAGAUUUACAGAAAAAUUCAACAGUGAGGACCAUUCUUCUUGCCUCCUCUUCUCCCCUCCACAGCGCUUCAAGCCCUUUUUAUUAAUAUCUUGCUUUAGUGUAGUACACUUGUGAUACUUGAAUCACUAUUGGUACAUUAUUACGUUAUUACAAAGUACAUAGUUUACAUUCAGGCUCACUCUGUGUCGUACAGUUCAGUGGGUUUUGAUAAAAGUAUAGUGUCGUAGAUCUACCAUUACAGGAUCAUACAGAGUAGUUCCAGUGCCCUAAAAAUCCUCCUGGCUCUGCUGUUCAUCUUUCCCCCUCCCCCGAACCCCGCAAGUGGUGAUUUUUUUUUUUUUUACACUGUAGUUUGCUGUUUCCAGAAUGUUAUAUAAUUGGAAGCCUACAGUUGCUUAACAGUUUGCACUUAAGGUUCCUGUAUGUCUUUUUGAGGCUUAAUAGUUCAUUUCUUUUUGUCUGUUACAUGGAUGUUCAAGUCUGUUUGAAGGACAUCUUGGUUGCUUACAAGUUUUAGAGAUUGCUAUACACUGCUGUAAAUGUUCAUGUGCAGUUGUUUGUGUGGACCUAAGUUUUCCCUUCAUUUGAGUAAAUAUCUAGGAGUGUGAUUGCUGGAAUAUAUGGCAAGAGUGUGUUUCAUUUUGUAAGAAACUGCCAAACCGUGUUCCACAGUAGCUGUACCAUUUUGCAUUCCCAUCAGCAAUGAAUGAGUGUUCCUGUUGCCCCACAUCCGCUCCAGCAUUUGGUGGUGUCAGCGUUCUGAUUUUGCCACUCUAAUAAGUGUAUACUGGUAUAACAUGGCUGUUUUAAUUUCCAGUUCUGUAAUGACACGUUGAGCAUCUUUUCAUAUGCUCAUCUAUUUUUAGUUGGCUUUUAUUGAAACUUUGCUAGAAUGUAUCAUACUUGUUCUCUGACUUUGUAAAGUAGAGAACUUGAGCUUAACCUUUUCUUUGUGAUUGAGAGUUAUCCUUAAGAUACGCUACCCUCAG